AUGUCGCGCCUCUCACUCGCCCAGCAGCUUGCCGAGCUUGCUGAACCAACUCCCCUCGACCUUGAUCCUGAAGAUGUCCACGCAGGCAUCCUCCCUGAAGAUCUAUCGGCUAUCGAUGACUCUGCUGCGAGGGAGCACUAUGUCGAUGUCGCGCCGUCUGCGCUUCGCAGACUCCAAGAGAGUGUGUCUGACCCCAAGUACCUCGGCAUCCGCACCACUCGCAAACAGCUCUACGAAGACCUCGACCAAGAGCCUGAAAGCGAGCACGAGGAGGAGCUGCCCGACGAGUCGGUGUCGGGUAAGGAUGACGACCAAAAUGAAAUUCCCUCAGAGGAAGAGGAACCAGAACUGAAUGACGGCCAGGACGGCAGUUCUAGCCAUGAGGGCCCUCCCAACGGUCCAGAUGCUGCGCAGUCGGACACGUCUUAUGCCCAGCCGGUACAUGAGUCUCAAGAGAUCGGGGACCUUGCGUCAGCUCUACGCAAAACGCGCGAGGGCGAUCUCAAGAAAGGCAAGGCCGUUGCGCGCCAGCUUGUUCUGUGGGAUGCCCUCCUGGAUGCGCGCAUACAACUGCAAAAGGCCGUGAGUGCCACUAAUAGAUUACCCACCGCUGCCCAUUUAUCGGAUUUUGUCCGCCAUCCAUCUGCCCGCGAGGCGCUUGACAGCAUGCUGGAAGAAGCCGCCGUGCUCUCCGAAGACUUGUUUAAGCUCCAAGAGGGUCUUCUAGAAUCCAACGAAUCGAUACAUGCCCCCCCGCGUAAGCGGCAGAAGACGGGGCACGACCACACCACGCCCGAGGAAUACUCUGACCGCUUCGCAGACCUAUCCGAAGCGGCGUCGGCCCUGGAAGCGGCGUACCACUCUCAUGUCGUGACCACUCUUGGAAAGUGGUCCGCCAAGGUGCAAGCUGUUGCGCCCAACGUCCUACUCGGCAAUCGGAACGCGUUCAACAAAGACGACAAGGGCAAGGCCGGCGUGGUGUCCGUCAUCGACGAUACCCUCCGCAACGACGGGGGCAAGCUGCUCAGCCGGACGAGAACGCCGCGGGGCAAGAACCAGCGGUUGGGUGCGGCCCCAACGGAAAUGGAUGACGCCGACGGUCCCCAGGACGAUGAAGACGCUGAGAUAUUCGAUGACACCGACUUCUACCAGCAGCUCCUGCGCGACGUCAUCCGAGCGCGCGGCGGUAACGAUAACGGGGUGGAACAGGACUGGAUGGCGCAGCAGCGGGAGGGCAAAGCGCGUCGGAAGAUGCGCAUCGACACCAAGGCCAGCAAGGGCAGAAAACUGCGGUAUGAAGUACACGCUAAAUUGCAGAACUAUAUGGUACCCGUCCCAGUUGCUCACGGAGACUGGCACGAGGAGCAGAUCGAUGCGUUAUUUAGUUCACUACUCGGUGCAGCAUAA